UUUACAAAUUAUAGAAGUUUAAUAUAGAACUGCUAAAAUUAUCAAUUUAUAGUUGCAAAUUUUAGCUAUUUCGUGAUAUUUAUGACGUAAAAUUUACCUUCUAUUUAUUUCAAAAGUAAUCCACAAGACUAGCUUUUUAGCAUUAGUGAAAACUUGCAAACUUGCAUUUUGUUUAAAAUUUAAUUAAUUUUGAAAAUAAUAUAUUAUAACUGAAUAUAAAGCAUAAAGCUUUAAAUUAAGGAAUAACCAGUGAAGAAGCAGUUUUCUGCGCAAUGGCUGAAUGGAAACAUUUAAUAACAGAAUGGUUAAAUGAGUAUUCUGCUCUGAGAGAAAAUGAAUUAAAAAGUUUUGCAGCGGAACAUGAACACAAUCAUGAAAUAGCAACUGCAAUAUUUAAUUUAUUAUAUAGCGAAGAUGAAAAUGAAAGUCAAAGUAACAAAAAAGGUGAUGAAUUUGACCAACAGAUGUUAGAGAAUGUCUGUAUACAAUUAUUCAGUUUCUAUAGAUCAAAAGAAAUUGAACUUCAUAGAUUUACUCUUCAAUUUGUUCCAACUUUGAUUUAUCGGUACUUAAGUUCAGUUGCUCAAGGUAACACAAAGUCAUGCAGGUGCAUUGAAACUCUAUUGAUUGGCUUAUAUAACUUUGAAGUUGUUGAUGAAAAUGGAAAACCCAAAGUUGUCUCCUUUAGAUUACCAUCCCUAGCACAAGCUUCAAUUUAUCAUGAGCCAUUAUCUCUAGGUUCUCAAUUUCUAACUGAAAGUGCACUACGGAGAUGGGAAGAGUGUAAUACAAAGUUGGUAAGCUGGGGCCCGCACUCCCAAGUUGAAGUUAUCAAUGCCCAGAAUCGACUCAAAGUAAUGGCAGCUCUCUUCUUCAUUUAUAACCGUCACCUAAGUUUAUUACCAAAGCUAGCACUGAGACAUUUCUGUAUUGCAUCAUCAAGAAUAGUUACACAAGGAUUCCAAAAAAAAAGUGGUGCUGCUGUCGGUAGAUCUAUACCUCGAAUACCAGUCUCUUCAAACUUCCUCCUAGAAAUGAUAGAGGGUUCAUACUUUGCAAUGUUUAAUGAAUUUUAUACAUUAGCAUUCCAGGCAGUCAAAGAUAUAGACCAACGAGCUGAAUAUGAAUUACUGCCUGAUGUCAUGUUGGUCACAAGUGCCGUAAUUAAUUCAUUGAAGAACAGUCCUUCUGGUCAACCAUGCGAUGGCCCAAUGGGCAUAAGUGUGGCAUUGUCACCAGCAACUACCACGGUUACUAUGUCAAAAUCAAUGAUAACAAACGCAUCAUUCCGCACCAAAAAACUACCAGACGACAUUCCCAUACAAGCUGGACAAGUAGCGCCCAUAGAUUCAGCGGACAUGCUCACGUCAAUCACCGAAGAGGGCGAGGCUGACACUCCCAUACAACGAGGCACCGGUGUACGGAACUCUAAACCUAAAUUGAGUGCAUUCCCCGGAUUAGGCAAAAAGUCAAAAGAUGCCAAAGACAAAACUGGUACGACAGCUGAGAAAAAGGUUACCGUCAAAGAUGCCUCCAAAGGUAUUUGGAAUUCCCUCAGCGGCGGUGGCGAUAUGGUUGACGCGCAACAAAAAACAAACGCCGUAGACUCUUUCGACGGUAAUGGAAGCAUAAAAGAUGAAAUUUCAAUGACAUCAGUCCAAAACAGUACCGAAAACUCUGACACGCGAUCGCAGGUGACGACCGACUCCUUGGACAUGGAAACGACACCACGUUUCGCCGCUAUGCAAGUUAGCUCUGUAUAAGAAUAUGCUAGUCGUAUUCUUAGUGUUCGUAUUUAUCAAAGCUAUGCAGUGUUUGUACUUACUCGGUGAAUGUAUUUAUUAAAGUAGAAAUUAUAAAUGGUCGCGAUACGCUGA